AUGCAAUAAUAAUUAACAUCUUAAGUUAUUUUAGAUCGUAAUCAAGAAUUCAAAGGAGUAGAGUUUUAAUUCAAUUCUAGAAAGAUUGUAGUUGAUAAUAUUGAUCCUUUAGAACCACUUUCAAAAUAUAUAGAUGCAGAUAAACUAAAUGAAAUAUUAAGUAAUUACAAUGACAUUAUAUUAUAGAUUUUAAAAUUGAUGAUUCAAAGAAAGGUGAAGAAGGCAUUAAAUUGAAUUAACACAUUAAAUAUUACGAUUUCUCAAGACCUCCAACUGGUAUUCCAAAAAAAGUUUUUAGAGCAUACAGUGCUAUCGCUAAAAAAAAGAAAUGA